AUGGCAGGGCUCCACGUCCGCUCCGUUCUGGUGACUGGGGCCAACCGAGGCAUCGGCCUGGGAUUUGUCCAGCAUUUCCUGAAGAUGCCAAACCCACCUCAGUGGAUCUUUGCAGGCUGUCGGGACCCCAAGGGACAGCGAGCACAGGAGUUACAGAAUUUGGCCUCCAAGCACCCCAACAUCAUCAUCAUCCCGCUCGAAGUCGCCGACCCCGCCAGCAUCAAGGCAGCUGCAGCCAAGGUUGGGGAGCACCUGGGGGGCUCUGGGCUCAACCUCCUCAUCAACAACGCUGGAAUGGCAAGGCCAAAGACCCUUGAUAAUGAGAAUCUGCAGGACAUGACUGAUACUUACACCACCAACACGGUUGGACCCAUGCUGAUGGGCCAGGCGUUUCUGCCCUUGCUGAAGAAGGCUGCCCAGGGGAGCCCAGGCUCAGGGCUGAGCUGCAGCAAGGCUGCCAUCGUCAACAUGUCCAGCUAUGCAGGCUCCAUUGAGGAUAUGUAUGUGUGGGAGUUUGGACAAGUUGUCUCGUACCGCUGCAGCAAGGCUGCUCUGAACAUGCUGAGCAAGUGCCAGUCCCUGGCAUACAAGGAGCACGGCAUCCUCUGCGUCGCUCUCCACCCCGGCUGGGUGCAAACUGCCAUGGGCGGCGGCGGAGGAUCAUAUAAGCCUCCUCUGACAGUGGAUGACAGCGUGCAAGGGAUGCUGAAGGUGCUGUCCUCCAUCUCUGAGAAGGAGACUGGGGCCUUCCUGGACUGGGAAGGGAAGGUCGUGCCCUGGUGA